CCCGUAGAGGCUCAUGGAAGUGUAAGCCGGCCUUAGGCCCAAAGGAGACUCUGUAUCUUCAGUCACCAGACUGGACUACUUUAGCAGCCAUGCGUCCGGGGACUCGGUACCCAGCCUAGCACUUCCUACUGCCUAGUGUUCCCGGCUUACCUGCCCGCGGAGUCUUGCCCCACCAUCUUCAAACCAGUUCCUGGAUAAGCUGAAGUCUCCUUUUACAUCAAGGCCUAACCCGUUACCUAUUUGUCCAGAGCAAGCCCACUCUUACCAGGGAGUGAUGGAAGGGCCUCUUGAGUGUGGGGAUGUCUCCCUAGACUACCAGGGCCAUGCUGCAGAUGGGAGGAGGUUUGUUGUGUGCAGUUUCAGGAACACCGGGAAGGAGGAGGAACCUGCUCACCAGAUACAGGCUAUGGACCCAAGACUUUCAAGACCAGCAGUAGGGGCAACCCAAGGCAUAGGGCUACAAGGAGAUUUCUUAUCCAAGAAGCCUCAAUCACUUCCAGAUCAAAGCGCUGCAGAUAGGUCAGGGGGCAACCAGAGGAGCAUAUUAGGAGCCCCCCAAGCCCAGUCAGAGGAGCCAGCCUUCUCUGAAAUGGAAAACUGUUUGUGUCCUGGUUCCUCCCACCUCAACCUGACACAGGGUGAGAAUGACCAUCGAGGGGGAGGAUUGAUAGGGGACCCAGAGCCAGGCAGAGCGCUGCCAGCUGGCUUUAGCCCUUUAUUGGAGAUGUCCUCAAAGCUACCGGAGGCAGACCCUAGUGGAUCCAGCUUCCCUAGGCCUGCUGACUGCCUCCUAGCUCGAGAUCUCACCUGGGAGCUACUGGCCAGCGGCAUGGCUGCCCUCCCAGGUAGUUUAGGAGGACUGAUGAGGUGGAGGAAGUGGCCUGGUAAGGCCAGGAUUCAUUCUCUCCUCUCCACAGGGACACGGGACAUAGAAGGCCGAGCAGUGCUACUUUUGUGUGCCCACAGCCCAGCUUGGCUUCAUCCCAAGUGUAAUAGCCAUGAGCUGCUGAGUCUUCUGUUCUACCUACGAGGCAUCCCCAGGCCUGAGGUGCAGGCUCUGGGACUGACCGUACUAGUGGAUGCCCGAAUCUGCCCACCGAGCUCUGCCCUCACCUGGGGCCUCAGCCAACUACAAGAAGCAUCCCCAGGGUCUGUACAGCAACUGCUGCUGGUUGGGAAGAUGCCCGAGGACAUGCCCGUGGGGCUCCAGGCCAAGCAGCUGGCUUCUCAUCAGAGCCUCCUCACCCACAUUCCUAACAUGGAGUUGCCUACUUCACUAGGAGGAUGCCUGUCUUACUGCCACCAAGCCUGGCUGGAUUUCCGGAUGCGUCUGGAAACCCUACAGCAGAGUUGUCAGGUGGCUUGUGCCCUGCUUCAGGGCGUCAUUGACAGUAUGAAGGCUAUGCGGCAGCCCUUGGAGUCUGGAGAAGUUGGUGAGCUGCUACAGCAGGCACAGUCCCUCAUGCAGCAGGUAUUAGAGUCACCACAGUUGUCAUGGUUACAAAGUCAGGGAAGCCUGGAGCUCGCAUGGUUGAAACAAGGGAUGCCACAGGUGGCCCUGAGCCCCGAUUACAGGUCUGCAGUAGACAAGGCUGAUGAGUUGUAUGGUCAAGUGGAUGAACUGUUGCAUCGGCUAACCCUGAAGAGCAACCAGCGAAUCCGGGCCCUAGAGCUCCUCCAAGCACUGGAAGCCCAGGAGGGUGUGCUGUGCCAGAUUGAAGUGUGGCUACAGGAGGUGGGCUGGCCAGGGCUGGAGGAACCAGGGGAGCCCUCACUGGACAUGCUACUCCAGGCCCAGGGCCCUUUUCAAGAGCUGGACCUGGUUGCCCAGGAACAGGUCAAGCAAGGGGAGAAGUUACUGCAGCCAUUAGUUGGCUGGGAGGCUGCUGAACUGGGGCCCACUGGAAAGCGCUUUCUGGCCCUGAGAUCCCAGCUGAUGGAAUUUUCCAGAGCUUUGGCCCAGCGGCGCCAGCGGUUGGCAGAUGCUGAGAAGCUGUUUCAGUUCUUUAAGCAGGCCUCAACAUGGACGGAGGAAGGGCAGCGGGUGCUGACAGAGCUGGAGCAGGAGACCCCGGAGGUUGUGCUGCAGCGACUGCAGCUGCACUGGAGCAAACACCCUGACUUGCCUCCUGCCCACUUCCGGAAAAUGUGGGCUCUGGCUACAGGCCUAGGCUCAGAAGGCAUUCGCCAGGAAUGUCGCUGGGCCUGGGCACAGUGCCAGGACACCUGGCUGGCUCUGGAUCAGAAGCGUGAGGCUGCACUAAAGCCACAAUCAAUGAAUAGCACAGCUACUUUGUAUGUCAGGCGGGCUCCUGCUAUACCCACCAUCCCUCCACUGAGGAAGUCCUACAGCUUUGAUCAGAAUCUGGGGAAGCAUCUUGGAGAUGCUUCCAAUCGUGGCCACUGUGCAGCCACUGUUACUGACUGCCACAGACCUGAGGCCAGAGGAGGCAUCCGGCCCAGGUCAUCACCUUCUGUGCCUCUGUCAGGCAGUUCUGACUUCAGGAGCCCCAACAGGCUACAGCUAGUAUUGGCGGAGAUGGUGGCCACAGAGCGUGAGUAUGUCCGGGCCCUUGACUACACCAUACAGAACUACUUCCCUGAGUUAGAUCGGUCCGAUGUGCCCCAGGGCCUCCGUGGCCAGCGUGCACACCUCUUUGGCAACCUUGAAAAGCUUCGGGAUUUCCACUUCCAUUUCUUCCUGCGUGAGCUAGAGGCUUGCACCCGGCACCCACCUCGAGUGGCUCAUGCCUUCCUGCGCCACAGGGUGCAGUUUGGAAUGUAUGCACUCUACAGCAAGAAUAAACCUCGGUCUGAUGCCCUGAUGAGCAACUAUGGCCACACCUUCUUCAAGGAGAAGCAGCAGGCACUGGGAGACCACCUGGACUUGGCUUCCUACCUGCUAAAGCCCAUCCAGCGCAUGAGCAAGUAUGCCUUACUGCUGCAGGAGCUGGCGAGGGCCUGUGGGGGUCCAGCACAAGAGCUGGGUGCCCUUCAGGCAGCCCAGAGCCUUGUGCAUUUCCAGCUGAGACAUGGCAAUGACCUGCUAGCCAUGGAUGCCAUUCAGGGCUGUGACGUUAACCUCAAGGAGCAGGGGCAGUUGGUACGACAGGAUGAGUUCACAGUGCGGGCUGGGCACCACAAGUCCUGUCGUCGCGUUUUCCUGUUUGAGGAGCUGCUGCUCUUCAGCAAACCUCGACGUGGGCCUGCAGGUGUUGACAUAUUCACCUACAAGCGUUCCUUCAAAAUGGCAGACCUCGGCCUCACGGAGUGCUGUGGGGAAAGUAAACUGCGCUUCGAGAUCUGGUUCCGACGUCGCAAGGCCAGGGACCUGUUUGUGCUUCAGGCUUCCGAUGUGGCCACCAAACAAGCCUGGACAGCUGAUAUCUCCCGUCUCCUCUGGAGGCAGGCUGUACACAACAAGGAGGUGCGCAUGGCUGAGAUGGCAUCCAUGGGUGUGGGGAACAAAGCCUUCUGGGACAUUGCCCCCAGUGAGGAGGCUAUCAAUGACCGCAACAUCAACUAUGUGCUGAAAAGACGAGAUGUUCGCUCUAGGGCCUCCAUUGCUGUGGCCCCAUUUGACUAUGACAACCCUUAUCUGGGUGCCUUGGCCUCCCUACCUGGAGACCGUGCCUCUUGCUCUGUUCUGGGGUCUCUCAAUCUGCACCUGUACAGAGAUCCAGCUCUUCUGGGUGUUCACUGGUCCUUGCUUCCACCCAACUUCCCAGAAGAAGCAUCACUAGAUACUGAGGUGGACUUGGGCAGCCAGCCUUCUUUGACUCCUGAGGACUCAGAGGUCUCAUCCCAGUGCCCAUCAGCCAGUGGCUCUAGUGGUUCUGACAGCAGCUGUGUGUCGGGGCAGACCAUGGGCAGAGGCCUUGAAGACUUGUCCUGUGUUUGAGUCUGGCUUGAAGAUGAACAUCACUCAGUAACUCCAUGGAAUUCCACACCUCUGAGUCUGCCCUAACCAGAGCAUGGCUGGCUCCUGGGCCAUCUCAUCCCCCACCACUCAUACCUAAUAGGAAUAUCCUUGUUGAUUACCUUUCUGAUGUCUGUAGCUAUCAACCAACUGCCCUAGGGCUUCUCCAAGGGCAUCUGGCUGCAAAGACUGGAUAAGCACCUUGAUCUGAAGCUCCCAGGACUUUCUGUCCCCUCUCCAGCUACCACCCCAAUUGUAAGUUAAGGAUAUGAUGGGGCAGAAGGGGAGUAUUUCCAAACUCCAGACUGGUAGAGUAUUAUAGAGCUCUCAGAAGUCAUGAAGGAUACAAGUGGAUUCUCAGCAGCUGCUCCUCAACCCUUGAAUAAUGCUAAUUUCUCCAAACCCAGGGACUAGCCUGCCCCUACCAGCCCCCUUAUACUUGAAUUCUUUGGCACCCAUCUCCAACCUCUUGUUUUCUGGGCUACCUUGGUCAUUUUGACUUGAUGCUUUUUGAACAGUUUUUCAGUUAGAGUUGUUUACUGGUUUCACUGGCAGUGACUGUUUUCUCAGAGAAGGAGUCUAGGCGUUUGUCUUGUGAUUUACUUUUUUAUUUGUUUAUAAUAAAAAAUAAAGUGAUUA